AGUACAAUUCUGGCCGGCCUACACAGUGUUAUGUAAGCAGCCUACAAACACCAAUCAAUGUGUUUUUUCUUGACGUUAGUAACCAGGCCAGACUCUGGAUUCUUAUAAUACAGACCGUAAAUGUGAAGGAUUAGUAAGAAAUUGAAUAAAACAAAAAAUGGCAGGCUUCGGAGUGUUGAGAGUAAUAUGCGAUGGAAGUAUUCCGUUCAUUGGAGUUGGAAGGUUGAGCAACUGAGAGACAAGGCACAAUUUACAGGGGCGGAUCUAAAUUUCAACCAGCAGUAAAGAUGAAUGUUGUUAAGUCUCAGGUAUGGCAGCCUUGUAACCGUAAGCGCGGUAUAUAACAGACUGUAAUAAAGCGCAAAUAUAUAUAUUGGAGAAAAAUGAGCAGGCAAAGAAUUCGUGUGGGGAAGUAUGAGUUGGGACGCCUGGUGGGAGAGGGCAAAUUUUCCAAGGUGAAAUUUGCCAGGAAUAUGGAGACCGGAGAGGGUGUCGCCAUCAAGAUCAUGGAGAGGGACACAUUGCUGAAACAAAAGAUGGUCAAACAGAUAAAGAGAGAAAUUUCUGCCAUGAAUUUGAUCAAGCAUCCAAAUAUUGUACGGUUGCAUGAGGUCAUGGCUAGUAAAAAAAGGAUCUAUAUUGUUCUUGAAUUUGUAAUGGGGGGUGACCUUCAUGAUAAAAUUACUCACGAUGGAAGAUUAAGAGAAGAUGAAGCAAGAAAGUACUUCCAACAACUUAUCACUGCUGUGGAUUACUGCCAUAGCAGGGGUGUGUCACAUAGAGACUUGAAGCCAGAAAAUGUGCUUCUUGAUUCAUAUGGAAAUCUCAAAGUUUCUGACUUUGGUUUGAGUGCACUGCCUCAACAAGUAAGGGAGGAUGGACUGCUUCACACUCAAUGUGGAACACCAAAUUAUGUUGCACCUGAGGUCAUCAAUGAUAAAGGUUAUGAUGGUGCAACUGCAGAUUUGUGGUCGUGUGGUGUUAUACUUUUUUACUUGAUGGCCGGUUACCUUCCUUUUGAUGAUCAAAAUCUUAUGAGACUAUAUAAAAAAAGCUGUAAAGCAGAUUUUAAAUAUCCCCUAUGGUUUUCGUCAAGUGCAAAGAAAUUAAUCUCAAGAAUUUUGGAUCCAAAUCCUAAGACGCGCAUUACAGCACCAGAGAUCCUACAGAAUGAAUGGUUCCAGAAAGAUUACAUUCCACCCAAGUUCCAAGAAGAUGAGGAUGUAAGCUUAAAUGAUAUAGAUGUUGUUUUUAGUGAUUCAGAGGAGCAACUUGUCACGGAGAUAAAAGAGAUACAGCCUGUGUUUAUGAAUGCAUUUGAACUUAUUUCCAUGUUACAGGUUCUAAAUUUUGGUAAUAUGUUUGAACAGCACAUGGGUUUGGUUAAUCAACAAACAAGAUUCACAUCCAAACACCCUGCCAAAGAGAUAAUAACAAAAAUUGAUGAAGCUGCUGGAACUCUUGGAUUCAAUGUUAAAAAAAGGAAUUUUAAGGUGAAGCUGCAAGGUGCCAACAUUGGAAGAAAGGGUAGAUUGUCUGUAGUGAUAGAGUUAUUUGAAGUUGCUCCAUCACUUUGCAUGGUUGAGGUCCAUAAGGCUGGAGGUGAUACCCUGGAAUUUUCUGAGUUCUACGAGAAACUUUCAUCUGCAUUAAAAGACAUCAUUUGGAAGUCUAAGGUAAACAUCGGGGAGAUUGCAUAGACUAACGAUCAGUUACAUUAAACAACCAGAGAAGCUUAUGAAAUAUGUUCUCUCUGCUGCUAGACUGCCUUUAAAGAAACUGCUUGAUUUGUUUUAUUGAAUGAAAUGUAUCCUGCAUUCUCAUUAGACAUAAUUAUAAUUUAGAUUAUUUUACAACAUUCUCAUUAAAUAUGAUUAUCGAGUAGAUAGUUUAAGAUUAAAAUAGAUAGAAUUGAUUCUCUGUGAACCAUACAGUUGAGAGAUAAAUGAAAUUGUGAAAAGCCAAAAAAAAUGUAUUACUAUUUGUCUUCAGAUCUUGCCCCUUUGAUACAGAACCUUUACACCUAUUUUAUUUAUUUUUAAUCCCACUUUUCUUUUCAGCUGGGAUAUAUUUUGUAAGAUAGUCAUGUCAUUGCAUACAAUGGUAUAUUUCAUUA